CCCAACGGUUGUUUGUCCAUGCAGUGCUGGAUGAGUAUAUAUUUUAUGAUGUUACCGCCAUCUUUUUUUUAUUUGAAGUUCAUGUCUUUGUACGAACGUGACAACGAAAUGCUCUCCAAAUUACCUGCGAUAUUGACUUUGUCACACGUUUAAUUCUAGUCAGCAUGAUCAGCACUCAAACAUCGCAGGAAUUAAGCUGUUGUUUCCCUGAAAAAAGGCAAAAUGGAUGAACAAGGGGACGGAUGGCACAACGGUCCAAAUAGUGUCCGUUUGCCAUUGCCAAGAGGCCUCCGCCCGCCAAACGAUGAACCGAACAUGGAGUUCAUCGCUGUCCUCGAUUUUAUUGUUAAUCAAGAGAUCAUCUUUGUAAAUGAGCCCGCGCGGUGGGACCUGGAUGAAAAUAAUCAGAAUAAUAACCCGGUUCGUGUCAAUCAUGUGAAUAUGGAAGAAAAUGUCCUAGUUGGACGGAAUGUUGACAACGCCGUUGUCAAUCAACCCCAUAAUGAUGUUGUUGAGCUUCAGAUGGAAGCCAAUCACCGUACGGAAGCAGUAGAUCCUUUGUUUGAAGAACCACAGGAACAUUCUAGAAACGACGAUGAUGAAGUUGGAACCAGUGAGCGUAUAUAUAGUAGGACGGCUACUGUAGAUAAUACCUCUGAUAGCAACACAGACGUGGACGAAGCUAACAAAGAACCUCAGCCUGGACCAUCCUGGCAGUGGUCUGGAGAUGAGGACGAAGACAGAAUGAGGCGCGACAGGAAUUCCCCGUGGUGGCACGGACUUCAUCAGAGAAGUUCUGACAGUAGCACGGACUUUGAUAUUUACGAAGUAAAUCCCCUACUUGGUGGAUCGAACCAAAGCUUGGAUUCAAAAGAUGAGAAUGGAGAUAUGGAAUCAAAUUCCUCAGGAGGGUUUUCCACAUUGGCUAAAUGUACGGACGACCUUCCUCGAAGCAUCGACAAUAGUGAUCCUGAUGAAGAAGUAUCUGAUUCUGAGGAAAGGUUAAAAGAGUUUAUCGAACAAGAGCCACCGCUCAUGCCGUUCAGGAAGAGUUUGAGAGGUAAAGCCCAACACCAGAUUGAAAGAGAAAGCAGCAAAUGUUUCCAGUGGUGUCACGGGUGUGACAAUGACACCUCGGAGAAAAUCACUGACCGAGGCAAUCCUGAAGAAAACUCUCCGGCCUGUGGUUCUGUCCAAAGUUCAAGAGAUUGCUUGGACUCAGUAGACACAACAUUAGCACUCUGCAAUGACUUUCCUGAAAUGCCCGUAUAUGACUGCGAGCUUUCUACCAGCGUCAGAACCAGUUUUUUAUCCGAGAGAGAAGAGGUGUCUUCUGAUGAAGACCCAGAGCCCGGACCGUCCGGCCGCACGUCAAAAGACGAGCCCGGACACCGAUUUGAGACGAUGAGCGCCGAGCGUCUGCAGUGGUCGCACGAAUUUUGCGCUAACAGUUCAGAUACCAGCACAGAUGCGGAAGACACCGAGGGGGUCGCUGCGCCUGGAACGUCGAGGAAGAGAUGUCGAGAGGAUGACGAAGAACCUGAAAGUAGAACCAGCAAACGUUUUGCGGAAGAUCAGUCUUGUGAGGAAUGAAUCAGAAAUGAUUAUGGACUACUCUUUACUGGUGUUCUUCAUGGUCUAGGUGUUGGAUAAGAACUAAAUAGUCAAAUAUAUCGGGGCUGGCUAAAACUGGGGAUAAAGAAAAUUUUUUGGUUUUACAACUAAGGGACACCAGAUACUAUUAAAUACUAAAUGAUUAUUGUUCAUGAAUUAACUAUAUUAAAAACAUUUGUAAAGGCACCGAGACACGGUUAUAACGCAACGACUGGAGAAAAGCGUGUAAAAUGAGAUGCUAGGAGACAAUAUAGGUUUAAAUUAAGGUCCCAAGUCCCAAAUUGAAGUGUAUU